CAUAGAUAUUGGUUAGAACGAGAUACAGAGAUGAAUGACCUUGGUUUCUCGCUCUGCCUUAGAUCAUGCAAGAUCAUGCAGGUCCGUGUGAAUGCGACUUUAUAAGAUUAAAAAAUAUAUAUAGUUGGCGGGAAAUUAAAAAAAUACCAAAAUCAAAAACACAUCGUACAUUUUGUUAAUAAAAGUGCACUCGUCGCCUUUUCUAAUUAAUUCAGUGUUUCCCAUUUGUCCAGAGUACAAUAAAUAAAACAUACUUUUAUAAUGUUGUCACCUGAAGAUCAGCAAGUACAAAUAUGCCUACUGAAAUCCAAUUUAGAAGAAAUUGAAACUAGCUUGGUAGUUCAGCGCUCAGCUCUGCCAGAGCUGGACGAAGAAAAUGAAAAGCAGUACCGAGAGACGAUGACAGCGCUGAAAGUGUCGCGCGCGCAGAACGAACAAAUAGAGCGGCUUAAGCAGGAAAAUGUUCGACUAACAGCGAAACGUACGCAGAUGAAACACCAGUGCGAGGGGCUAACAGAGUCCCUUCAGGCGGCACGGGAGAGCCGAGCCCGGCUAAUCGACUUAAUCAGAGAGGAAGAAGGCGCAGAGGAGAGUAACAUACGCGCCUACGAAGACUCGUUGGGAAAUAAGGCAGAGCGAUUUAGGCAGACUCGGAGUUUCUACGACGAGAAGCAGAUGACCCGGGAACUCGAAGAGGUUAAUAAAACGAACUUCGAGCUUGAGAGCGAAGCUACACGGCGUCAACAAAUCGUUGGCGAGUUGAAGGAGAAACUUGAAACUAUGAAUCCGGAGGUUCCUGAACACUUGCCUGUUGUUAUGGGAAAAAUGGACCUAGCUGAGAAAUUGAAAUUGCUCAUGAAAAAAAGUGAAGAUCUUCGACUGAAAGUGAAUGGUCUGAAAAAAAACGGAGUCUUGCCUUAAUAUUUAAUCGUAAAUAUUAAGGCAAGCUGUGUAUUAAUUGAAUAGCUUUAUGCUAUUCAAUUAAUACAAAUUUACUUUAAUUCAUAAAUAAUAAAAAAUAAAUUUGCUGAUAUCAUCAUUUAUUUUCAUUAAAAACUAUAAAGUUACCUUUGCCUCUGUAUUUAUUGAACUUUGCCACGCCUUUUGCACUCCUGGAUGUUAAAGCUGACGACUAAUGUGGCUCAGCGACCUACAGAGGGACUUGGCCUCUGAAACGACGGCACGCCAUUUUUCGCGAUCCUUCGCCGGUUCCUGCCAAUUAUCAGCGUGAAGCAGCUGACGCUGAUCCGCUUCUAUACUGUUUCUCCAUGCCUCAAAAAUGUUAAAUAUGUUUGAAACUAGAAUGCAGAAAUUA